AUGGGUAGACGCAAAUCAAAGUUACCUUUAGAGCUAAUACCAAACGAAAGUUCGCGCAAGGUUACUUUUCGAAAGAGAAGAAAUGGAUUGUUGAAGAAGGCAGGAGAUUUGAAGACACUUUGUGAUGUGAAGGUGUGUACUAUCGUUUACGAGAAGAAAUCCAAGGGAAAACUGAGCACAGCAGCAACUUUUCCUAAGGAAUUUAAAGAUGUCAAGGAAAUAAUUGAUAAGUACAAAUCGAAUUCAUCGAAAGUAAAGAGAGUUCAAAGUUUGGGUGACUUCUAUGCCACGCAAACGGUUCAAGUGAAGAAAGAGAUUGGGAAACUGCGUAGUAAGAUUUGUGAAGAGAAGUAUCCUGCAUGGGAUGAUCGUUUCAAUGCGUUUUCAGCAGAGCAAAUGCUUGACCUUUUGAGAAAUUUGGAGAACAAAAUUGUAGCUGCUCAUGAGAUGCAUAGCACGAUGAAGGAAUCAAAGCAAAUUGUUGUGCAAGAGACUAUACCACCAAUGGCCAUGUUUCAAAGCAACCAAGAGUAUUCCCAGAUGCUUGGAUUAUCUGAUCAAAAACCAAGUUAUUGUUCGAUGAUGAUGAAUGAUGAUUGGACUCAAUUUGCAAGCACAUCACAGACCAACAACAUUCAGUACACUCCUCCAGUUAUUGCUUCGAACUCCAUCCGCAAAAUAUCUACGUGGGAGCAUGAUCAGAUCUUUAACGAUAAUUACAUUUCUGCGGCAUAUGGAAAUACGGACGAGAAUGCAACUUUCUAUAAUCCCAUGCAGCAGCAACCAUGCAUGUAUGACUCAAUAUUUUCAAGUGCUGCAUUUCAACAACAGCAACAACAAGCAGUUGUUCCAAGUUUUGAAAACCCUAAGCCUAUCGACGCGCUUCCUCUGAGAACCGUUUUGUAUGAGUACGAUCAUCCCCUCUCUGUGACAAUGCAGCCGAGUUAUCUGGAGUGUCCAAAUUCAGCAACUUCUGCUUCAUCAUCCGAAUACGAUCAGAAGUUUGCUGCAUCUCACCCACAGAACAUGUUCUAUGAUGACGUAUUCUAUGAUAACUUGUGGCAUUUCGAAUAA